UCCCGGCGCCGCAGGAAGCGAGCGGAUCCUGGGGCGCUGCUGCCCACCGCCCCCCCUCUCCCCGCGCCCGGCCCCCCCGGCCCGGCCCUGCCCCGCCGCGCCGCCCAGCGCCCCGCCGCUCCCACAUGCCGGAGAGCGGAGCGGCCGCGGCGCCGAGCCCCGCCGCCCGGCUGCCCCGUGCCGCCCGGCUGGGGCCCUAGCGGCCCCCCCCGGCCGCUGGAGCCGGGGCCCGGCGGCGCCCGCAGUGCAUGAGAGCGAGAGCGGGGGCGGGGGCCGCGGCCCGGAGCACUCGCCUGCCGGCCGGCGGCGACACGGGGACCGGCCCGGGGGGCAGCCAGGGGCGGCGAGGCGGCGGCUCCAUGUGAGAGGAGGCGGCGGCGCACCUGAGCCGCCGGGACUGCCGCAGCCGGGGAGGGGGGGGUGGGGGAGCGGGCCCCGGGCCCGGCCCCGAGGACCACCUGCCCGCAGCCCGCCCGCGGGGGGCUGGACCCGCCUCCCCCCUUGAAGCCGCCCGGCCCCCGGCGGCAGCCCCGGGACAGGGGGCAGCAGGCCCCCUCCCGCCGGGGGAGGGGGGCUUCGCCUCGCCGCCGGCAUCGCCCCGCCGGCGGGAAGGCGUGCGCGCCCCGAGCGGAGGGAGAGCCCAGCGGAGCCCGUCCCGAGAAAAUGUGAAAGCAUUUGCAUCUUCAGAUAGCCUAGCCAAGGUCCAAGAAGUAGCAAGCUGGCUUUUGGAAAUGAAUCAGGAACUGCUCUCUGUGGGCAGCAAGAGGCGACGAACUGGUGGAUCUCUUCGAGGUGAUGCUUCCUCAAGCCAAGUAGAUGAGGAGCAGAUGAAUCGGGUCAUAGAAGAGGAGGAGCAGCAGCAAAGACGACAAGAGGAGCAGCACAUUGGGAGGAAUGGGGAGAUAGGAGGAGAAGAACCUGGAUUUGAUGACAGGCAUGAGUCUCAGCAGGAGCAGUCAGAAGAAAAUAACAAUAGACUUAUUACAGUGGAUGAAGAAUCCACUUGUAACCAAGAGGAAGAAGAUGAUGAACAUGCUGGUGAUCAAGAGGAGGAGGUGGAAGAGGAGGAGGAAAUGGACCAGGAGAGUGAUGAUUUUGAUCAGUCUGACGACAGCAGUAGAGAAGAUGAACAUGCUAACAGUAACAGUGUCACAAAUUCCAAUAGCCUCAUGGACUUGCCCAUUCACCAGUCAUCGCCAUUCUAUAUAAAGACAAAGAUGAAGAGAAAGUUGGACCAUGGCUCCGAGGUCCGUUCUUUCUCUCUGGGAAAGAAACCCUGCAAAGUCUCAGAAUACACAAGUACUACGGGGCUGGUGCCAUGCUCUGCCACACCUACUACUUUUGGGGACCUGAGGGCGGCCAAUGGCCAGGGACAGCAGCGUCGCCGCAUUACAUCUGUGCAGCCACCAACGGGCCUUCAGGAAUGGCUGAAAAUGUUUCAGAGCUGGAGUGGACCAGAGAAAUUACUUGCUUUAGAUGAACUCAUUGAUAGUUGCGAACCAACACAAGUAAAACACAUGAUGCAAGUGAUAGAGCCCCAGUUUCAAAGAGACUUCAUUUCCUUGCUCCCAAAAGAGCUGGCACUGUAUGUGCUGUCAUUCCUGGAACCCAGGGACCUUCUGCAGGCAGCCCAGACAUGUCGUUACUGGAGAAUUCUGGCUGAAGAUAAUCUUCUCUGGAGAGAGAAAUGCAAAGAGGAGGGGAUUGAUGAACCAUUACAUAUCAAGAGGAGGAAAGUAAUAAAACCAGGCUUUAUACACAGUCCGUGGAAAAGCGCCUACAUUAGACAACACAGGAUUGAUACCAACUGGCGGCGAGGAGAACUGAAAUCGCCUAAGGUGCUCAAAGGCCACGAUGACCAUGUGAUCACAUGCCUUCAGUUCUGCGGGAACCGAAUAGUGAGCGGCUCUGACGACAACACGCUGAAAGUGUGGUCAGCGGUUACAGGCAAGUGUUUGAGAACGCUGGUUGGGCACACAGGCGGAGUCUGGUCAUCACAGAUGAGGGACAAUAUCAUCAUUAGUGGAUCUACAGACCGAACGUUGAAAGUCUGGAACGCUGAGACUGGGGAAUGCAUACACACCUUGUACGGACACACCUCCACCGUUCGCUGCAUGCAUCUCCAUGAGAAAAGAGUGGUCAGUGGGUCUCGAGAUGCUACACUGAGAGUUUGGGACAUAGAGACGGGCCAGUGUUUGCACGUUCUGAUGGGCCACGUAGCUGCAGUUCGGUGCGUUCAGUAUGACGGCAGAAGGGUUGUAAGUGGUGCAUAUGAUUUUAUGGUCAAAGUUUGGGAUCCAGAGACAGAGACCUGUCUGCACACACUGCAAGGGCAUACUAACAGAGUCUACUCAUUACAGUUUGAUGGCAUCCAUGUGGUGAGUGGAUCUCUUGACACUUCCAUCCGAGUUUGGGAUGUGGAGACAGGCAACUGCAUUCACACGCUGACAGGCCACCAGUCUCUCACAAGUGGAAUGGAACUCAAGGACAAUAUACUGGUGUCUGGGAAUGCCGAUUCUACAGUCAAAAUCUGGGACAUUAAAACAGGACAAUGUUUACAGACAUUGCAAGGUCCCAACAAGCAUCAGAGUGCUGUGACCUGUUUACAGUUCAACAAGAACUUUGUAAUUACCAGCUCAGAUGAUGGGACUGUAAAACUUUGGGACUUGAAAACGGGUGAAUUUAUCCGAAAUCUAGUCACAUUGGAGAGUGGGGGAAGCGGAGGCGUCGUGUGGCGGAUCAGAGCUUCUAACACAAAGCUAGUGUGUGCGGUUGGGAGCCGCAACGGAACUGAGGAAACAAAGCUGCUGGUGUUGGACUUUGACGUGGAUAUGAAGUGAAGGGCAGAAAGAUGAAUUUGUCCAAACGUGUAGACGAUGUUCUCCUUUCCCUCCCCCUGAAAAAAAAAAAGAAAAAAGAAAAAAAAGGAAAAAAAAUCCCUUGUCCUUGGUGGUGCAGGAUGUUGCCUUGGGGCAACAGAUCCUAAAGACCUACAGACUACGAAGGAGAAGACAAAGAUGACAAACUAUAACUGACAAGAGAGGCGUUUGCUGUCUCGUCACAUAAAAAGGCUACACUUUUGACCGGGGCAGCUUUGCAAAAAUACGACUUUUGAAAUGAAACCAGGUGCAAUUAUUUCUUUACUUUCCUCCAACUGCUCCUUGAGCAAGUUGGAGGUGAAAAAAAAAAAAAAUUGUUACAGUUCUUGUUAACAGGUUAUUUUACCACAAAGAUCUUUAAAGAAGCUGCACAGGCAAGCCUGCUCGUGCACCCAUGGGCCACCCUGGGUCCCGGCAGCCCCUCCGAGCAACGCGCUGUCCCUUGGCCCCGCUCUGAGCAGGGGGUUGGACCGGACAACCUCCAGAGGUCCCCUUCCAACCUCUGCGAGCAGUCACUGGUUGACUUUCAAAAAACUAGAGAGCAUCUGCAAUGAAAAAAAAAAAAAACCAACAAAAAACAAACAACAACCAAGAGUCCAUUCCUGGUGUGGAAAAGCUAAAAUAUUACUGUGAAUUGUUUUGUACAGUUUUAUCGGAGCUUUUUCUUUUUUUUCUUUUAUUCCUCUUUUUUUUGCCAACCAUUGCCAAUGUCAAUCACAGUAUUAGCCUCUGUUUAAUCUAUUUACUGUUGCUUCCAUUUACACUCUUCAAUGCAUAAGUUGCUCUGAGGUGGCAAGUUGUCCUGGGUUUUGAGAGUCCUCUGAUGGAUUUAAUUAGCAAUGCUGGUGCUAGAAGUAGGUCUUCAAUUACGGGAUUGUUGUCCCACCCCUGUACUGUAUUCCCAGUGGCCAAACUUAUUUAUGCUGCUAAAUGAAAGAAAGAAAAGCAAAUUAUUUUUUUUUAUUUUUUUUUUCUGCUGUGACGUUUUAGUCCCAGACUGAAUUCCAAAUUUGCUCUAGUUUGGUUACAGAAAAAGACUUUUUGCCACUGAAACUUGAGCCAACUGUGCCUCUAAGAGGCUGAGAGUGGAAGAGUUUCAGACAAUUAAAGAGUGAAGUUUGCCUGCAAAUAAAGAAUUGAGUGUGUGUGCAAAGCUUAUUUUCUUUUUUCUGGGCAAAAAUUAAAACACAUUCCUUAGAACAAAGCUAUUGCAGCCUGUUCUGUGGGGAAAUUUUUCUUUGUGAGGGCUGUGGUGAAUGGAAUGAACAUACAUUAAAAAACUGACAAAAUUUUUAAAAAAUAUUAUAAAAUACAAAAAUUAAAAUAAAGUUGCUGGUCAGUCUUAGUGUUUUACAGUAUUUGAGAAAUAAAACAACUGUUACAGUUAUUGCUGGGAGGAACUGACAGAGCAAAAACUUAAGUUUUUGUAAAGAUGUCACAUGCAAACAAAACGAGAAAUGAAAGAGUCAAAUGGUUUGCCUCAUUCUCCAAGAGCCACAACUCAAGCUGAACUGUGAAAGUGGUUUAACACUGUAUCCUAGGCGAUCUUUUUUCCUCCUUUUUUUUUUUUUGUUUUAUUUAUAGUCUGAUUUAAAACAAUCAGAUUCCAGUUGGUUAAUUUUAGUUAUAUAACAACCUGACAUGAUGGAGGAAAACAACCUUUAAAGGGAUUGUGUCUAUGGUUUGAUUCACUUAGAAAUUUUAUUUUCUUAUAACUUAAGUGCAAUAAAAUGUGUUUUUUCAUGUUA